GUCGGCUUUAUGCCAUGCAGACGGGAAUGAAACUGGACAGCAAAACCCCAGAAUGCCGGAAGUUUCUUGUGAAACUGAUGGACCAGUUAGAAACGGUAAGAUAUCCGCUAGCCUACACUUUUCAAUGUUUAAACAGGUUUGCUCACAAUAUAACAAGUCUGUAUCUACUAUUGUCCCAUUGUAUUCACAUUUAUUAUUUGUUGAUUUGAUUGAUUUUUGGAUAUCAUAAUGCACUAAACACUAGAAUGUGAGGUAGGCUAGAUGGAUAAUGCUAUCUAGUUCCUCAACUCUGUACCAAUAUCCGCUAAAUAAAACGUAUCACACCACCUAAUGUCUCAGUUAGGGCACUCUAGUAAUGAAUAUCUUCAAACCCAUACUGGCUGCUAAGAGCUCUUUAGGAGUCUUGGCAUUUGACUUUUUUCAAAGCGUCAGGGACAGGCCUAGCAGAUUCAGUUUUGCCUUCAGAAGUGGAUCAUGGCACUGCCUCACAAAAAGGUCAUUAACGGCAGAGUGGCAGUCUCCCAUGGUUGAGUUCUGUGAACAUGAUUGAGAUGUCUGCACCUCAUCAUUUUAAAUUAUAGGAGUGAGAUACUCUUUGAUUCAACUAAACAUCUGUAAUGUACAGUAAUUGCUGUAUAAUCCAGUUUGAGGAUGAAUUCCUUGAUUCACACACAUUUAAUUUCAGAUACCAAAAGUCUAGCAGUUAUGAUUUAGCUUUCCAUCUCUCUAAUAUAAAUAAUGUAGCCCACAAUUUGAUAAGGUCUACUUUUUAAAGUUAUCCAUGGACAAAUUGGAAUCUUUGAGAAAGUCGGCUCACGCAUUUAUCAAAGCUUAGGUAAGUUAUGGAAUUUAGGUUUUGAAAUAAUUAAUUCCUUCAGAAAUGUACUUCUGAAGGAAUUAAUUAAAGUGUAAUAUCUACUUUAAGUUUAAAGCUCUGUGUUUUAAUGUAAGACCAGAUCACCAUAUAUUUUCGUAGAGAUUUUCUAAAAAGGUUUUAAUGGUCGAGUCGCAUGAAAACUAAGAUUUGGCAUUCACACUUUGAUAUGUCACAUAUGUACAUCCUUCAGUGAGGAAUGUUUGUUACAGUGGGGGAAAAAAGUAUUUAGUCAGCCACCAAUUGUGCAUGUUCUCCCACAUAAAAAGAUGAGAGAGGCCUGUAAUUUUCAUCAUAGGUACACGUCAACUAUGACAGACAAAUUGAGAAUUUUUUUUCCAGAAAAUCACAUUGUAGGAUUUUUUAUGAAUUUAUUUGCAAAUUAUGGUGGAAAAUAAGUAUUUGGUCACCUACAAACAAGCAAGAUUUCUGGCUCUCACAGACCUGUAACUUCUUCUUUAAGAGGCUCCUCUGUCCUCCACUCGUUACCUGUAUUAAUGGCACCUGUUUGAACUUGUUAUCAGUAUAAAAGACACCUGUCCACAACCUCAAACAGUCACACUCCAAACUCCACUAUGGCCAAGACCAAAGAGCUGUCAAAGGACACCAGAAACAAAAUUGUAGACCUGCACCAGGCUGGGAAGACUGAAUCUGCAAUAGGUAAGCAGCUUGGUUUGAAGAAACUAACUGUGGGAGCAAUUAUUAGGAAAUGGAAGACAUACAAGACCACUGAUAAUCUCCCUCGAUCUGGGGCUCCAUGCAAGAUCUCACCCCGUGGGGUCAAAAUGAUCACAAGAACGGUGAGCAAAAAUCCCAGAACCACACGGGGGGACCUAGUGAAUGACCUGCAGAGAGCUGGGACCAAAGUAACAAAGCCUACCAUCAGUAACACACUACGCCGCCAGGGACUCAAAUCCUGCAGUGCCAGACGUGUCCCCCUGCUUAAGCCAGUACAUGUCCAGGCCCGUCUGAAGUUUGCUAGAGUGCAUUUGGAUGAUCCAGAAGAGGAUUGGGAGAAUGCCAUAUGGUCAGAUGAAACCAAAAUAUAACUUUUUGGUAAAAACUCAACUCGUCGUGUUUGGAGGACAAAGAAUGCUGAGUUGCAUCCAAAGAACACCAUACCUACUGUGAAGCAUGGGGGUGGAAACAUCAUGCUUUGGGGCUGUUUUUCUGCAAAGGGACCAGGACGACUGAUCCGUGUAAAGGAAAGAAUGAAUGGGGCCAUGUAUCGUGAGAUUUUGAGUGAAAACCUCCUUCCAUCAGCAAGGGCAUUGAAGAUUAAACGUGGCUGGGUCUUUCAGCAUGACAAUGAUCCCAAACACACCGCCCGGGCAACGAAGGAGUGGCUUCGUAAGAAGCAUUUCAAGGUCCUGGAUUGGCCUAGCCAGUCUCCAGAUCUCAACCCCAUAGAAAAUCUUUGGAGGGAGUCGAAAGUCCGUGUUGCCCAAAACAUCACUGCUCUAGAGGAGAUCUGCAUGGAGGAAUCGGCCAAAAUACCAGCAACAGUGUGUGAAAACCUUGUGAAGACUUACAGAAAACGUUUGACCGGUGUCAUUGCCAACAAAGGAUAUAUAACAAAGUAUUGAGAAACUUUUGUUAUUGACCAAAUACUUAUUUUCCACCAUAAUUUGCAAAUAAAUUCAGUAAAAAUCCUACAAUGUGAUUUUCUGGAAUUUUGUUUCUCAUUUUGUCUGUCAUAGUUGACGUGUACCUAUGAUGAAAAUUACAGGCCUAUCUCAUCUUUUUAAGUGGGAGAACUUGCAUAAUUGGUGGCUGACUAAAUACUUUUUUUCCCCACUGUAGAUGUCAUGUAAAGGAAGCUCCAAUAAUAACCAAUACAUUCUCAUGUAAAAAUGAACUGUUAAAUCAUCUAUGUACGUAAUUAUGAAAAAAUGGACAUUUCUGAUCUUCUAUUCUAUCUUUUAAAAUGCUUUCCUUUGAGAAUUUAUGUAGUGACCCCAACGUUUUAAAAGCACUGUAUUCUCAUCAGAGUUCAAAAGACAGGGUUUAUGGUCUUCCUCUAAAAUGGGGAGCAGGAAGCAACCUUGGGAUGCUGUUUGCUCCUGUGCCCAGGGAUUUUUAUAGACAUUUUGGAACCAAUUAAGAAAGCCCUGGGAUUUUCUAGUCCCCUGAGCCAGGUUUUACUGUUGCAAGAUUCAUUAAAUGUCACAGCAACGGGAUGUCUUAACCAGCCCCAGUGGGUGCAUCCAGUCUAAAGGGCUUUUAAAAAGGUGGUGAAGAAACCUUCUAUGAAAUAUACGUUUAACUUUUAACCCACUAUCGCAGACUAGGUCACUAUGGACUCGGUACAGAUUGUUAAACUUCCUUUGUUUUAUUUUCUUGCGCCUUGUAUGAUAUUUCUGGAAGUGAAUGUGGAAUCAUUGUUUUAUUUUUCCUCCCUAAUCAUGGGAAAAUUAGUAAGUAGACUUUCAUUCCAUUCCAGAAGUGGAAGCAGGGUAUGAAACUGAAGAAACAGAAAUCUUACACCACACCAUAUGGAACUUUCUAAUUUCACCAAAUGACAGUUUAAUCUCCACUAAAGCCACACAUUUCUAGGGAAACAAACAACCAAUUAUUGUUUUUUUGUGCAGAGAAUGGAUAAUUAAGAUGACAAUCAGUCUUUUGUUUUGGCAUUGACAAGCUUAAUCGUGCCCGCAGCCCAGCUCUCAGCAUAUUGACCAGUAUGGCUGGCUGAGUGCCAUCGCUCAGGCUGCUGAUUGCUGUUUGGGCUGGGGUAGAAGCAAACUUGGCUCGUUCUCUGCAUCGUUUAAUUAGCGUUCUUAGAGCAGUGGAUUAGGCAAGGAAGGUCUGGUGGAAGAUAUUGCCAGUAGUUACGCUAUACACUAAUGGGCGUCUGUUUCAUGGAAACUGCUGUUGUUUUUGUUUUCCUGAUCGUAGCAUUGGGCGUCUUCAAUAUUUACAUGCCCAGUCACUUCAAUGCACUAUCUGUUUGUUUUUGUUCUCCUACAGUCGCUCUACAGGAGUGUCAAUAGGUCUAGCUCUGGUCUGUUAGGGUUGCUUUUAGACACUUGAAAAGGGCUACAAGCAAGACAUGUCACUCAUUCUGUUAUGCAAUGACAGCAAAACCAUGAAAGAAGAAGCGGCCUUUCAUGGUAAUAUUGGCCUGAACUAUUGGAAAUCACUGUUGUUUUGCAAAGUUGUUCUAGUACAACAUGGAUUUCUAGAGAACCCAGGGGAGUUUGAGUGGUGUGAUCCAAACUAAGUCCUUUGAUUCAAUUAGGAGUUUGAUCCUUGACUCUUCUUUCUAUAAAGUCGGCAUGCUUCCUUCCAAGUUGUUUUUAAAGUCCUCCGCUACACUUUAGCACAAGUGAUGUACUGUGCUUUGUAUUGCCUUAAGGAUAGGUUGCGAUUUCAUUAAAACGUGAACAGUACGUCCAUUCAGAAGAGCAGAGUCCACCUGUUGAAAUGUAACCAGUAUUAUUUGCUUUACUGAUUUUACAAGGAAACCUGACGCUCUCUAGCAGACCAACAUCUCAGAGAGCGGCUGCCUCUGUCGCAGUAAGUGAGCUUUGCGGAUGCAUUUUUGGGCACUGGCUGCUGCAAACCAUUAAGACACAAUAGCAUUAAGACACAGCAAUCAUUUAAUUUGUCAGGGGCAAACGGGUUGAACAUAUAAGGAUGAAGACAAAAUUAUCUUGACAACUACCCAAUCACAAUUAGGGUAGAGGAAAAUGACAAGUUUUAAAGUCACUGGUAUUGUCAUAUGUGACUCAUUGCCAUGUAAGAGAGGUGUAAUAAAGUUAAGUGCCAGUUCUUGGCCACUGGCUUUGAUGUUUCCGGUGAAAUCCAACGUCCUUUUGGUCAGUGGUUUACUAGUGGUCUUCUGUGCAAGGUUUAUUGUCCAGUAUUGUUGAAAUGAGAGUGGUAAAACCAUCCCUUGGUUAAUGUCCACGUUAUUAUUGGAAUUGGCUCAGAACAGGGCAGCAUGGCUGGCCCUUGGAUGUACACAGAGAGCUAACAUUAAUAAUAUGCAUGUCAAUCUCUCCUGGCUCAAAAAAAACAGAUAAAAAUACACCUUAUGGAACAGCGGGGACUGUGAAGCAACACAAACAUAGACACAUGCAUUCAAACACAUGAUAACAUAUGCACUAUACACACGUACACAUGGAUUUUGUUUUAUAGAUCUGUGGUAGUAGAGUAGAGGCCUGAGGGCACACACUUAAUAUGUUGUGAAAUCUGUUUUGAAUGUGUUGUAAUGUUUUUAAAAUGUAUAACUACCCCAGGAAGAGUGAUGGGGAUCCAUAAUAAAUACAAAUACAAAUCUGUGGGUGCGUCUCCAGAGACCCUCCACCCCACCAUGCUAUACUCUAUUAAUUAUAAGAGUGUUCUGGAGUGGAAUUAAAGUGUGUGCUCUCUGCUGCAUCCCAGGAAUCAAUGAGUCACACCAUGGAAAGCCUCACUUCUCAGAAAAAACACAGCCAUCGCAGAUUUGUCACACGGUCCAUGCACAGUACAGUACACAGACUCCCUUUAUGUAUGGACUGUGUCUGUGUGUGCUGUUCAGCAUCCAGGAAUCUAGGAGGAGCACUUUGUGUCAGUUGAAAGAUUUACAGUGCCUUUAGAAAGUAUUCAUACCCCUUGAUUUAUUCCACAUUUUGUUGUUACACCCUGAAUUCAGAAUGGAUUAAAAAAUGCUUUUUGUCACCCAUCUACACACAAUACCCCAUAAUAAAGUGAAAAUGUUUUUAGAAAUGUUUGCAAAUGUAUUGAAAAUGGGAUACAGAAAUAUUUAAUUUACAUAAGUAUUCACACCUCUGAGUCAAUAUUUUGUAGAAGCACAUUUGGCAGUGAUUUACAGCAGUGAGUGUUUCUGGGUAAGUCUCUAAGAGCUUUCCGCACCUGGUUAGUGCAACAUUUGCCCAUUAUUCUUUUCAAAAUCAUUCAAGCUCUGUAAAAUUGGUUGUUGAUCAUUGCUAGACAACUGUUUUCAGGUCAGAUUUUCCAGUAGAUUUAAGUAAAAACAUUCAAUGUUGUCUUGGUAAGCAACUCCAGUGUAGAUUUUUGCCUGUGCUUAGCUCCAUUCUGUUUCUUUUUGAUCCUGAAACACUCCCCAGUCCUUAACGAUGACAAGCAUACCCAUAGCAUCAUGACAAGCAUGAUGCAGCCACUACUAUGCUUGAAAAUAUAUAGAGUGGUACUCAGUAAUACGUUGUAUUGGAUUUGCGCCAAACAUAACACUUUGUAUUCAGGACAAAACGUUGCAGUCGGUGGUUUUUCAGUUUGGAUGUGCCUGCAGAACAUAAUUGUGUGAUUGAUGCUGCUGUGUUUUUCAGAUGAAGAAGGAGCUGACUGACAAUGACUCAAUCACCCAUGAAGUUGUCGGCAAUGCACACAUCGAAAACUAUGCCUUAAAAAUGUUCCUCUAUGCUGACAACGAGGAUCGUUCAGGAAGAUUCCAC